AUGCAUGAGCUCAAGUUUGCCACCAUCCAUGAAGUUGGAGAUCAAUCCGUUUUUCAACGCAUGCGUCAAAGAAGCACUGAUAUGGCUACAACCGCGUGGUGUGGGAUGCUCGGGGCUCCAGUCAGGACUCUAGUAGCUUGUUCCUUCUCCGCCCCCGAGUGUGCAGAAUUUCGAUCUUGCACCCUUCACGUGACAUCGUGGCGGUCACCACCAUCUGACUUCUUGACCACUAGGCGCGACAUAUCCUUCCCUCACAAAAGUUGGCCCUCGGUUCGAACGGCAGGUGUGAAAGUGGUGGCCGCCUGUUUUCCCGUGGCUGCAACUUGUUACGUGUUAGGCACUGCCAGCUUGGCGCUGAUGCAAACUAGCAUCUUCACUCAGUACGCAUUGCUUCUGAUCAUUCUUGAUAUCAAGAGAAUUGGCCCCCACUUCAACUCUCACACACUCCCUGAUAAUCAGUCGCGACGAAUCUUCACCGCAGAAGGGUUGUACAACUCGAUGUCCAUGAUCGGCUCAGAUUAUCCUACUUUUACAAGCAGUACAUCGACGUUUCAAGUCGAGACUCAAGAUUACGACGACAGUCACGACCCCCAAGGCCCGACAGUUCAACGUGCUGAAAUGCGCCCAGAACUACGUAGACGUGUGGUGCUGCUUAGCGCGGAACGGAAGAAGCUGGACUUGAAUUGGAUUGAAGAGUCGGAAUCGCAAUGGAUCGGCCCUACAAUCGCUGUGUGA